ACUUUUGUGCUUAUUACAUUGCAUUUAUUGUAUAUUUGUAUUUUCAUUGUAUUUAGAUACUAUAUUUGUUGUACUUUUUUAUUGCACUGUGUAUGUUGUACUGUUUGCAUUUUGUCGUGUUUUGUAUUUUGCUACAUUUCAUAUUUUUGCUCGUUCUUUACUUCUCCACUUUAUAUUAUUUAACUUUAUCUCUUCCAUACUUUUUUGCUGUCCCAUUCAUGUUGUCCAUAUGUGCUGCAUUACUGUUUUUACUUUUGUAUGCUUCUCCAUUCACUUUGCUUAUCUGUUUACUAUUAUUGCUGACAUUGUAUGGUUUUUUUUCCUUUUGUUAGACGUUAUUUCGCAUUUUUUCUACUCACUUAACUUAUUUGUUUAUUGUCCAUUGCAUGUUUCUUUUUCUUAAUUUAACUUAUUUUAUCUUGCAUGUCUUUCCACUCAUUUUAUUUAUUUGUUCAUCCCUACUCUUGUUGCAGGCUUUUUUUUUGACUUACUUUGUUUUGCAUGCCUUUCCACUCACUUUA